CCCUCGGCCACCAGACACAGGCUCCAAGCUCCCUUGGCCACCACGCAUGGGCUAUGGGCUCCCUUGGCCACCAGACACAGGCUCCAGGCUCCCUUGGCUACCACACACUGGCUCUGGGCUACUUUGGCCACCACAUGCGGGCUCCUUCCGCCACCACACACAGUCCCUCGGCACUCCAUGUGAGCUCUGGGCUCCCUUGGGCACCAAAUGCAGCCCCUUGGCCACCACACACAGGCUCCGGGCUUCCUUGGCCACUGCACACAGUUCCUUGGCCACCACACACUGGCUCCUUUGGCCACCACACACAGUUCCUUGGCACCCCACAUGAGCUCUGGGCUCCUUUGGCCACCACAUGGGCUCUGGGCUCCCUUGGCCACCACACGUGAGGUCUGGGUUUCCUUGACCACCACACACAGGCUCCGGGCUCCCUUGGCCACCACAUCUGGGCUCUCUUGGCCACCACAUGCACCCCGCUGGCCACUACACUGGGCUCUGGGCUCACACACAGUCACCACACACAGUCCCUUGGCCACUGUACACGAGCUCUGGGCUCCUUGGGCCACCACACACGGGCUUCGGGCUCCCUUGGCCACCGCACAUGGUUCAUUGGCCACCACACACGGGCUCCGGGCUCCCUUGGCCACCACACGCAGUCUUUUGGCCACUACACUGGGCUCUGGGCUUCUCUGGCCACCACACACAUGCUCCAAGCUCCUUUGGCCACUGCAUGCGCUCAUUUGGCCACCACCCGCAGUCCCUUGGCCACCACCCGCGGUCCCUUGGCCACCACACACGGGCUCCGGGCUCCCUUGGCCACCACACGCAGUCUUUUGGCCACCACACGCGGGCUCUGGGCUCCUCUGGCCACCACACACAGGCUCCAAGCUCCCUUGACCACUGCAUGCGCUCGUUUGGCCACCACCCGCGGUCCCUUGGCCACCCCACGCAGCCUUCUGGCCGCCACACACGGUCUCUGCGCUCCCUCGGCCCCCUCAGGCGCUCCCGUCCCCGCGGGCGCCGUUGGCAGCGCGGGCGCCGCCGCCAUUUUGUGUGGCGGGCGGAGGAUGGGGAGGCGGCGGGGGGGGGCGGCGCUGCUGCCGCUGCUGGCGGCGGCCCUGCUCGCCACAAGGGGCUCAGCGCUCGCCACACCGAGCUCCCCGCCCUGCGCCGUGUCCGCCGAGGAGUGUGGUCAGCGGCUGCUCCUCAACGGCCCGGCGGGAUCCCGGAUCGUGGGCGGCCACAAUGCCCAGACGGGAGCGUGGCCGUGGGCCGUCAGCCUCCAGCAUUCCUACAGCUCAGGACGGUUCAGACACAUCUGCGGUGGAGUCUUGGUGAACCGGCGUUCCGUCUUGACGGCUGGGCACUGCACGAGAGAAAAGACGGAUGUGCAUUCCUGGAGAGCAGUUUUGGGCACGCAGAACCUCUUGAAACAUGAUAAACACACAGCAAAAAGAAACAUUCGCAGCAUCACCGUGCACCCUGAAUUCAACGAGGAAAGCUUUGAAAACGACCUUGCAGUAUUUAAACUUGAUUCCACUGUACACUACAGCGACUACAUCCAGCCCGUCUGCCUGCCGCUGGCAAAUUUCUCCCAAGCCAUCGACAGCCAGAUAGAAUGCUUCAUUAUCGGCUGGGGACGAACAGCAGAGAAAGGUAAAAUGUCACCUGUGUUAAAAGAAGCACGAGUGGAAAUCAUUCCCUCUAAUGUCUGUAACAGUCCUGAUGCAUACAGGGGUCUGGUUAACGAGAACAUGAUCUGUGCCGGCUUGCCAUUCGGAGGCAUCGAUAGCUGUCAGGGAGACAGCGGCGGACCCUUAGUGUGCUAUCACCCCUGCACCAACAGGUACUACCUCAUCGGGAUCACCAGUUUUGGAAUCGGCUGUGGCCGACCAAAUUUUCCUGGGAUCUAUGUCCGUUUAUCUCAGUACUUGCGAUGGAUCAAAUCCGAACUCCUGCGUAACAAGGCUGUGAAUCCCAUCAGCACGACGCUUGCCAUCCUCCUGGCCGCGGUAGGUAUGGUACUGGCGCAGACCUUCUAGAGAGAUGAGCCAUCCCGCCCCUGCUGCAGAGGCCUCCGACCCUUUGGAGAGAGCCGGCUUCUGCUUCAGAAUAAAUCUAAGAGUGAACGGAUGCACACUUCUUGUGCAGAACUCGUCUUUGAAGUUGUGCUCUGUUUUAUCUGCCUUUGCUCUCCUUAUUUAGAGCAGAGGCAACGUAACAGCCUUGGCUCCAAUAAUGGAAUCAAAUAUAGAAUCGUUUCCAACUGAACGUGCUCUUUUCCCACCCCAUUUCCAUGCCUUCCCAGCAACGGCAGCUCAGUGCCCCCAACACCACAGGAUUCCACAGCCGGCAGGGACUCCCUCUGCAGGGAGAACCUUGCAGAGCACAAAGCGUGUUCAGUUAUGGAACCCUAAAAAGGGAUAAAAACCCUGCAGGAAGAUAUUUCCCACUCAUUAUUUUUAGCAAUAGCUAAAAUUUAUGCACAAAUAACUCAGCACUCUGCCUGCUGAAAGAGCACAGAGAAAAGAUCUCUGCCUGCUGUUCCAAACACUAAAUUUAUUCUUUGUCACUGUAAAACACCCAGUACCGCAUGCUGUGUGCACAUUUGGUCAGAGUCACUGCAAAACACCAUGAAUUAAACACAAAUAAGGGACAUCAUGAUUAUAUUUUGGCGACUUUAUUUACCAAGGUCAAAAUUUGCAACCAUCUAAUUGUUUUGACAACUAUUUACAGUUCAUAUAAAGCCCGUACGUCUGUUUGGGACGACCAGCAGAGAGGCAGGCGGUGCCGGUCGCUCACUCUCAGGAUACAGAAUUUAUUCCCUUAAAAUCGAGACUUUGAAGUAAAUCCAAAAUAAGUAACUUCAUCCAAAGUAAUUCUUUAAAGAGCAAACUUGUUACUGUUUAAUAUUUCCAUGAUGAAAAGCCAGCUGCUCUUUCAAAAACGCUGUUUUAAGAGGACAGAGAUUUACUAACGUUGUCUGGCAGCGCCGCAUUUGGUUCACUUGCUGAAUACAGAACGAAUUGGCCACUGUUUUUUUUUUUACAGUCUUAACACUUAAUGGCUUUUUUAAUUAUUAUCCCGUAUUACAAGAGAAAGUAAAGGAGCAACAGCACGCGGCAAGGAUCAAACACCACACAGAGGAGUCAGGGCUGCAGUCAAACCCUCUUUAGCACAGGCCAAAUAGUGCCUGACGGGAGACAGAGUGCAAAGGUCCAGCUUUCCAGGUGCCAACCGCCUUCCGAGGUGUUCAUUUGUCCUGAAAUCCCACCAAGAGAAACAGGAGGCACCGAGCUCCUCUGUGGAGCAGCUCCCUAACGGAAUGACUUCCUCCACCUUCCUUAUUCUUUUUGAUGUGUAAAAGCAGCACUUUGUGACGCGGUGGCAAACACAAACAUUUGCUCCGGUUUGGCCUAAGGAAAGGUAUCCGGGAUCACAUCCAGAACCAUCAGGUAUUGAGAAACUGCAGAAGAAAAUACAAUUUUGUAGUCUAGGACCAAUGUGGUUGUGGAACGUGGUCUUUCUCCCACCGCUACUACUGCUCACAGAGAGCACUGCUUGCUCUGAAGUCCAUUAAUUGAGAAAUGAGUAAAAUAAAGAACACUGACCGACCGCAUGAUGAGCGUCAGACAUCCAGGGAGUGAGCACGGUUUCAAAUUCAUCUCAAUCCAAGCUAACACAACACACACGCAGAGCUCUAACACCUUGGUAAGAGCGCAGUCCAUAGUGCAAUUCCCGCUGACGUAACUGGAAGCAGGAUUCAAUCCUAACUAUGGAAAUAGUGUAUUUAUAAUUCAUGCAAUAAGCACUGCAGACGAGUUUCUCUGCAUCACAGAAUCAGACAGCCAAGGCCGGACGAGGCCCUUGUCGCCUGCCCAGGUGGGGUCACCUUGAGCGGGAUGCCCGGCACCGCGGCUCCAGAGAUCUCCAAGAAUGGAGAUUCCAUGCCCAAAAGAGUCCUGAUCACAUCAAACAUUUAAUUUUCACCUGAAACAAAACCAUACAAACCCGAGUCUCUGACAGCAAUCAGAUCGAAUGUGCAGACAUUGUCACCUGGGGGAACAAAAAGCCCCAA